ACUCUUUUGUCUGAAGGCAAAAAAAUUGCCAAGAAUCGGAAGAAUUGAAAACUUCGCUGAGCAACCAUAAAAAUUCAUCACAUGGUAUUGUUCAAAAAGUUUUUAUUAGAGUUGACGGCCGCUCGUACUUUAAACUACACUGCAUACAUCUGCCCAGGUUAUUUCGAAGCGAAAGAUGUAAACUUUCACAGAUAUUCUCUCAGCAACAGUUUGUACGACAUGACAAUUUAGUUGAUAUAUUUGAUAUAUUUGUUUCCUUCAUCUAAAGUGGCGUGCCUGUGAAUAGUUAGGCGUAGCUAAGCGCAUUGACCACUAUAAACAACAACAUUUGAACAUUUUUGAACAUUUUGAGGACGCAAGAACGCUAAAUAUUAGAGAGCUUAAUAUUAGAGUGGUCUGCGAUUAUUGAUUUAGAUCAGAAUCUUGUAGUAGGAAGGUCUAAACAAUAACGUACAGGCUCCAAUUUUGAUUAACAGUAGACACACCGAGGUUCACCCCAUGGUUUUUCAUGCCACAAUUGUCAUGUCACGUUUUCCUGCGUUUUGAAUUUGCAGGGCUUUAUGAAAUGAUUACACGCAUGAGUGACAUUACUCCCCUUUCCAAUAUCACCCUAGAGCCUGCGCGCUUUUGGCCAGCAGUUACCUAACGCGUGACGUUCUGGAGGAAAUCCAGGAGGAGUCAAACAACAAAACCAGAAAUGAUCCUUGUUCUGGUUGGACUGUGCCCAUGCGUUCAAGAUCAAUAACGGUUUCUGAACAUGCGUAGAGAGAGUAACCGCUGUGACUAAUUGUCUCACCUUCCUAUUUUUCCCAGAGGCCUCGAUUUCUUGGCGCUAACCAGAGAGAUCGCGGUCUGAGCUUGUCCCCUUUGUUGAGAUGUCGUUGAGAUGUUUAUUGAAAGGAUGAAGCUUUCACCGCUGUCAGGUUGAAGGGAAGUCUCCGAGCUCGAGAUAAAAACUACCUGCUGUCCCUGUUGUCAACAAAAGAUCUGUUGUUAAUACUUGUUGUACUUUACCUGAAAAGUCGCCCAUUGUAAACAAUAAAACCUUGACAUAAUCAACAGGCUCUGUCACACGAGGCAUUAAGAAUUAAUACCUUUCACUUUCAUCUCUGACUCCAUAAAGUUUCCUUCUCAGAGUGAAAGAACGCUUUAGUUAGUAGUUAGCUUUUUAACCAUGAUUUUGCGAGCUUUAUUACUUUGGGUGCUUUUGGAUUUUCUCUUGGUGAAUGCGGAUACGGACGCGACUGUAACUCGUAAAGUGCUUUUCGAUGUUUCUGUUGGUGGACAGCCGAUCGGUAAGAUUGUGUUGGGUUUGUUUGGCAACACAGCUCCCAAAACCGUCACCAACUUUGUAUCACUCGCAGGAAAUGAGUAUGGCUACGGUUACAAAGGCAGCACUUUUCACCGAGUAAUUAAAAACUUUAUGAUUCAAGGGGGGGAUUUCACCAAGGGCGAUGGCACUGGUGGGUAUAGUAUAUACGGGGACAACUUUGAAGAUGAAAACUUCGUUCUGAAGCAUUACGGCCCUGGCUGGCUGUGCAUGGCGAACGCAGGCAAAAAUACAAACGGAUCACAGUUUUAUAUCACUACUAUAAAAACGCCUUGGUUAGAUGAUAGCCAUACUUGCUUUGGAAAGGUCUUGGAAGGAAUGGAUGUAGUAAAGAAGAUCGAAAAUGUUCAAACGGGCAGUGCAGACAGGCCAGUGCAGAAAGUGGAGAUCACUCAGAGUGGAGUCAUAGAAGUGCCAGAGCCUUUUGAAGUAGCAAAAGAUGGAGUUGUCGCCUAGAAAAUUUUUAAUUCACUCUGAACUGUUACAGAAUCUUUUUAAAAUUAAACCUUUCUUUUCCUUUAAAA